GCGAACAUGAAUGCCGCGGUACUCACCGCCCUUGUCGACCGGUGGAGGCCGGAGACGCACACCUUCCACUUGAGGGCCGGCGAGAUGACCCCUACUCUUCAGGAUGUUUCAAUGAUACUUGGACUUCCUAUUCAGGGCGAGCCACUGUGUAUGAACACAGCUUCUGAUAGGUGGCGCGCACAGAUGGAUGACCUCAUUGGCAUGGCUCCUCCGCCGCCAGCAGAUCCAAAGGAGAGAACUCCCGUCGGCGCACCUUUUGCUUGGAUCAGGGCGAACUUUGGUACUUGCCCGCAAGGGGCCAACGAGGACACUAUCAAAACAUACACCCGGGUGUACUUAUGGUAUAUGAUUUCGAGGACUCUCUCUCCUGACAGUGGUGGGAAGUUGGCCCAUUGGUGUUGGCUAAAGGCGCUUACGGUGUUGGAGCACCCGUGGAGUUGGGGAACAGCUGCACUUUCCUACCUCUACCGACAGUUGGACGAAGCUUGUCGCAGGGCUGGGAGCGGCGGUAUUGGUGGAUGUUUGCUCCUACUUUCCGUAUGGAGCUGGGACCACCUAUUAGUUGGGCGGCCCAGGAUACUCAACGAGAGGCCAUGGCCUCAUUACCGGAACAACCCUGAUCGGGAACCCACUUGGGCAUACCUUUGCGACAAUGUCUCGGAGAUGACGAGCGAUCCAAAGAUCAUGUACAGGCACUACACUGAGGAGUUGGACACUCUUACCGCUGAGCAGGUGGAUUGGGAGCCAUAUGGUACCUACUACCAUAUUGGCGCGGGGAUGGCUGACCUCAACCCCAAGUGCCUUGAGGAGGCGCGUUUCUGGCGUAUGCGCUGCCCACUCAUAUGCAUGUGGCUUGUUGAAUACCACCAGCCGCACAGAGUGAUGAGACAGUUUGGGCUGUAUCAGGAGUGCCCACCUCAGUGGCAAGACACGGACCACACGCUUCAUAGGCUUGAUAGGCAGCGGCAGAGGAAGAUCACAAAUUGGCCUGUCCAUCAUAGAGGCCACGUCACAGCGUUCCAACACUGUUUGGAAGCGAUACAGAAUGCUGGCCAUGUGGACAUUGUCCCUCGCGACUUGGCCGCUUUCAACGACUAUCUCCAAUGGUUUCAUCAAAGCACGCGUAUUGAGUUAGUGAACCCCGCGUAUGAUGAAGACAUCUUGGACGACCCCAUCGAGUUCGAUGAGGUUGCGCAAAGCCAACACGACAUGUAUGCUCGCAAAGGGAGAUCGACUUCUAUUGCUUCCGAGCUGAACUUCGUGCGGUCCAAGAUCCAAAAAACAGCUGAGGAGUGCGAGGUUAUUUGGGAUCAGAGCCAUAGAGAUGAAAAGCCUAUCGGACCGUUGCGGUAUUUCAUUAAGAACACUACACGAAAGAUGCGGCGGUUAGCCAACUUGCUAGGUUGCCCCGACGCAAAAUUGCGGCUACAUCCUCUUCCGAAGAGGCGGAGGGGGUAUGGACUGUUUUCUUGCUAUCAAACAUGUGCUUACUAAUUUCAACUAUUGUAAUCUCAUGUGUUCUUUUUAGAGGAAGAUUCCUGACGACACCAUUCUGAGUCAAAGCAUUAGUCGAGGCAAGAAGCAAGCCACACGGUCUGCUUACCAGUUGAAGCCAAGGGGCAAGGCUCCAGCCCGAUACACUCCGGACGAUUAUGUCAACCGAGGAAAGAAGGUUAUCAUUGAGGAGGAUGAGGCGCCGCCGUGGAGAUCAUCUUUGAGGAGGAUGAGGAACGAUGAGCCGUUAUCUUCAGAUGAGGAGGAGGAGCAGCAGCAGCAGCAACAAGAGCCACGACAGCAGACGAAAAGAUUGGCCAUCCGGAAGCAGCCCGUGAGGAGGGGACGUCGUGGAGGAUAUAUGCAUUUGCUACGUGUUGUUGUGAACUCUAUCUUCAUAAGUAUCGUGUUGUGAACUCUAUGUCAUUUCGAACCAUGUCUCUAUUGCUACAUGUUGUUUGAAUCUAUGUGCUACGAUGUGAUCUAUGAUGUGUGCUAUGUGUAUGUUCUAUGUGUAUGAAAUUGCUAUUGAAAUUGCUA